CCUCCCGGCAGAAAGACUGGGGGACAAGAGGAGGCAGAGAGUGUGAAGGAAAGCCUCACAGGGGCGAGAAGGAAGCCGUCCAAAGCCAGCUGGCCUGGCUUUGAGGAAAGCAAGAGAAAAAGAGAGGGGAAGAACAAAGAGAGAGAGAGAGAAAGAGAGAGAGGGAGGGAGAGAGAGAGAGAGAGAGAGAGAGAGAGAGAGAGGGAGAGACAAGAAUGAAAGAAGAGAGAGAGAAGUAUUAAGGUUAAAGGAAGUGUCCUUGUUGGAAAGGGAAGAAGUGUUCCAGCCGAAGCGAAGAGAGAGACACCUGGAGGAGGCCUUCACAGCAGGUUCUGUGAAGGCAUCAGUAGCUCAGUAGAUACAGGAAAAUUUCUUUCCCAAGGAGAAGAAAGCAGCAGGAAGCUCAGAGUGAAGCACUGAAAAAGGAAGGAAGAGCAAGAGCAAGAGUCGUGCUGGAUAUUCUGGGGCCAGAACGAAAGGUUAUCAGCGCUUUGAUUGUUGGAUAGUGGUGCGGACACGUCAGGAGAAACACAGAGCAAGAGAGACGAGAAAGUGAGAGGAAGAAGAGAGAAGAGGAAGGUGGUGUACAAUGUGCUAGUGGAGUGGAGGAAGACGAGUGCAGGUGUUUUUCUGAUAUUCUCGGGGUGUCAGAGAGGCCGACGAGGACGCCAAGAUGGGAAGAAAGAAGAUCCAGAUCACGCGGAUUAUGGACGAGAGGAACCGGCAGGUUACCUUUACGAAGCGGAAGUUUGGCUUGAUGAAGAAGGCCUAUGAGCUGAGCGUCCUGUGUGACUGCGAGAUUGCCCUGAUCAUAUUCAACAGCUCCAACAAACUCUUUCAGUAUGCCAGCACCGACAUGGACAAAGUCCUGCUCAAAUACACAGAGUACAAUGAGCCUCAUGAGAGCAGGACCAACUCAGACAUUGUGGAGAAAUUAAGAACCAAAGGCCAUAGUGACUGUGCCAGUCCCGAUCCGGAUGACUGUUUUGGCCACAGUCCCCUCUUGGACGACCGUUUCAGCAAACUAAAUGAAGAGAGUGAUUUAAUAUACAAGCGCUCUGCUGCGCUAAACAAGAAAGAACACAGAGGCUGUGAUAGCCCGGACCCCGAUGCCUCAUAUGUCCUCACCCCCCACACAGAAGAGAAAUAUAAAAAAAUUAAUGAGGAGUUUGAUAAUAUGAUGCGAAAUCAUAAAAUCCCCACAGCUUUGCCCCAGCAGAAUUUCUCCAUGCAUGUGGCAGUGCCGGUGACGAACCCCAACGCCAUGUCCUACAACCCGGGAGGCUCUCUGAGCGGUCAGGGUCUGCCAGCUGCUGCUGCCUCGCUGACUGACGGCUCCAUGCUGUCCCCUCCGCAGGGCACCCUCCACAGAAGUGUGGUGUCCGCCGGUGCCCCCCACAGGCCGCCCAGCACAGGCAGUGCAGGAAAUGGCUUCGUCAACCCCAGGGGCUCGCCGGGGCUUCUGGGUACUCCCAGUGGGAACGGGCUGGGGAAAGUCAUGCCUACGAAAUCACCACCGCCACCCGGGGGCAACAUGGGCAUCGGCAGCCGCAAGCCAGACCUGAGAGUGGUCAUACCACCGUCCAGUAAAGGCAUGAUGCCCCCAUUGUCGGAGGAGGAAGAGAUGGAGUUGAAUACCCAGAGAAUAAGCAGUUCCCAGUCCACUCAGCCUCUGGCCACCCCUGUGGUGUCCGUCACCACCCCGAGUCUACCACCACAAGGCCUGGUCUACUCAGGCAUGCCUACUGCCUACAACACUGAAUAUUCCCUGAGCAGCGCUGAGCUCUCCUCUCUGCAAGGCUUCGGUUCUCCAGGGCUCUCACUGGGCUCCGUGUCGGCAUGGCAACAGCAUCAACUGGGCCAGGCAGCUCUCAGCUCGCUGGUGGGUGGUGGUCACAUACCUCAGGGCUCCACCCUCUCCAUCAACACCAGCCACAAUAUCAACGUCAAAUCGGAGCCCAUCUCACCACCUCGUGAGCGCGUCACCCCAUCAGGCUUCCCCCCUCAGCAGCAGCCUCAACCACCUGCCGGCCGGCCGGACAUGGGCCGCUCGCCCGUGGACAGCCUCAGCUCCUCCUGCUCCUCAUACGAUGGCAGCGACCGUGAAGACCACCGGCCUGACUUCCAUUCGCCCCCUCUUGGCCUGGGAAGGCCUCCUGCACCUGGAGGCGAGGAGCGCCAAAGUCCCUCUGUCAAGCGCAUGCGCAUGGACACCUGGGUCACAUAAAAAAAGCCCGGGAGGCCCGAGCUCCAGUCAGCCACCUGGCAGACGGGCCACAGAAGGCGAGAGAGUGAGAGGCCAGAGCAGGGAGGGUCCUCAUUGUUAUAAUUCUAUUAUUAUUUAACUUCAUUUUUUCGUUUGUUUCGGAAGAAGGUGGGGUGCUGAAGGAAAUUUAAAGAUGUCCUGACAUAUCGAAAUUAAGUGGUGCAACUAAGCAGGGAGAGAGAGAGAAUGAGUCGUUUACUCGGACUGGUUUGGUUACUCAGAAUCAGGUACUUGAUGCAUUGCGGAUUUUGUGAGAGUUCAAUGAUUAAGGAAAAAAAAAAGACGUGAAUUGAGAUGUUUUAGGUUAUUGUAGUCACUGGUCCGGUCUGGCACUUGUAGUAGCUGUUUUUGCUGUUGAAUUUGCAGGUUUAAAACAAUCAGAGCAGGUUUAAGGGCCUGCUUUCUUUCAGAAGGCUCUUGCCUACUGGCCUCUUGACUUCACACACACUUAGAAAGUAAAAGUCACAUGUUAACUUAUUCAAGAAUGACCAUGUAAAAGCUUUUGGUUUACAAAGGGAAGUACAUGUCUAAAAUGAGAUCACAUCUCUUCAAAAAUUAUUAGGAUAGUAGCUGUAAGCAAUGUCAUAGGAAAGACAAUUCACAGAACUUUAGUGUUAUUUUCCUGUUCAGACACAAACCAUGAAAUGUACAGUGUAUUACUGAUACACAUUUUUUUAAGAUAGGAAAACAAGGAAAAGGUUAGCCCAGUUGAACUGGAGACAAGAGUCCUCAAUUUAAUGCAGCUCAAACAAUUCAAUGGUAAAAUAAGCCAAAGCCUGUAUGUCAAUUCCUGUUUUGUUGUAGGUUUGGAAAUCCUCAUUUCUCUAUAACUAUCCAUUUCAUCCUAGUUCUGUUAUAUUGUACUUUGUUACAAACUAUGAAAAAAAUAUAUACACAUGCAAACCAGAUCUUGAAACAAUAUCUAAAGCCAUGAACACUUGCUGUUCUGUUUGUAAAUUAAAAAUUUGAGCCAAACUUUUUUUUCUUUUGUUAUGUAUAUAGCAACUUUAAUAUAUAUCACCUUCGGUGUAAGUACGUAUGUAUUGUACCUUCACCAGAUUGAAGAAAAAAAAAAGUAUAUUUUUGUGGAUUACUGCCAGGUUUACAGGGCGAGAUCCUUAUUAAGUAGAGUAUUCACUGGUUAAUAUUUACUAUUUUGUUAACUAUACUGUACUUUCUUCAAAUCUGACUUACUAUUGCUAAUAAUAAUCAAAGUGUUUUAAUUUGAAAGAUCAUUUUUUUCGUUUUUUUUUUUGGUCGUUUUCCCUUUAAUGAUGGUGAAUGUCUGUCCUCAAGAAAUUGUAACAACAGUGCUGUAAGUUUGAAAUCCCAAUGUCUCUUCUUUUCUUUUUUUGCAAAAGGUAAAUUAUCACAUUAAGGAAAGCAUUUUUUUUUCUUUUCUGUACCCAUAAUGGGAGAGGUUGAGCCAACAGCUGCUGAACACACUGCCUAAAGACCAAGGACCCAUUUCAGGCUUUAUCCAUUCAAACCCCAAUCUUGUUUCUCCUCAGAGAAGUUGUGGAGAUUUUUAUUUUUAAAUUGGGCUUAAUUCUUUCGAAUUGGAUUAACACUCUCACCCUCCUUUCAAUCAAACCCCUCUUCAAAGGCACUUAAUGCUCCACAUUAUUACUCAUGUACUGUAAAUAUGAUAGCCCUGUUGAAAUCUUAUACAUACAUACAUACUAUGUACAGAACACACCUUUUUCUUUCCCAUUUUUGUUUGGUGAAUCGGCUCGGAGGAAAUAUCCCAUUUCCGAGGCAUCCGAUUGCUCUGUUAGUGCUGGAUACCAUGACGGGUGUGUACCGUCAUAUGUGUGCGUGUGUUGGCUCUCCGUUCUGCAUAUAUACACCCUUCCACCAUGCCGAGGCUCUACGUCUGCGCUUCUUCUUUCGUCCGCAACAGCAGCAGCAGCGUCCGGCUCAUGCCUCACUGCCCUCUCUGCACUCCUCGAGGUGGCAGUGUCAGGGGAAUUCAGCAGCAAAAAGACAGCUCAAACGCUAGACAAUGCAAACCCAUCUCUCUGCUGGAUUGCACACGUCGUUCGUAUGGUUGGGUUCAUCGUCAGGGGAAAAAAUAAUUUAAAAAGAGGCUCCCUCUCUUUACAUUUGCUAUCUAUUUCCCAGCCUCCUCUCUUAGGGUGUUCUCAUUGCAUUUUAGAUACCUCCCUGCCCUCACAGGCACCAUAGCAGCUGGCAAUAAGCACCUGUUGAUCUAUGCAGACUCUUAAGCAACACACAGCCCAGCACUGAGAAGGCUCCACACCACAGCGUCCACACUUGAUAGGACCACUGAGGGGGAAAAAUGAAUUUAAAAAAAUCAUACAUUGGAUCAUUGGAUAUAGUCCCAUGCCCAUUUAUAAUGUUGCCUAGCAUACAAACAACAUGCUCUGUAUUUGAGCCUGUUGAGAAAAUGACUGUUAACCGCAGAUCCUUAAGUGCUUGCAUCUAAAGUAGGCCCACGUUUGUAUUGGCUCUGCUGUAAGUACAACAGAAAGCCAUUUUGACUCUGAAUCACCUUAAUACAAGCCCUUUGCUUUCUAGAUUUCGCUAUCUACUGCCUCCAAGUCUCAAUCACUCAAUGUAUUAACAAGUAUGACUAAAAGGAGAAGUUCAGAAGUUCAUUAGAAAUCCAUAUUUUUAUGAUGUCCAUCACAAAUGUAUAGUCACAAUCAACGCCUUUCAGGGUAGACAAGCAAUAAUGCAAUAAUACUAUUGCAGUGCGCUGCAGGGUGGAGUAAUCACAUGCAGGGCACUCAAACUGCAAUGCACACACAAACACACAAAAUGCACACACACAUAGACAUGCGCGCACACACACACACUAGCUCAUGAUUAGAAAUCAGGGAAUUUCUAGAGUUUCUCUCUUGUGCACAGUUAGAGCCUUAUUCCAAAGAGUAGUUGGUGUUCUAAAUCAAGCUUGAAAUUUUUCAUCAACAUCAAUUUCAUCCCCAAUGAAAAGAAAAAAAAAAAAAAAAAAAAGCUUGUCAUCAAAGUUUGGCCAUAGUCCCCUCUUGCCGAUCAGCCCCCAGCAAACACACCCAAUAAAUACUUAGUAAAUCUAAAGGGAGGGAGUCACUCGUCGAUCCGAGCGUCACUUAUGACAUCCACAAAAUGAAACGAAUGUGAAAUGAAGGGUUUAGGGAAGAAAAACGAUUCUUUGUAGAGAACUUUUCUUCACUUUGCUGUGCAAGAGUACACCGCUUUGCUUUAUGGCUUUUCUAAAAACAGAACUAUGUAUUUGGUAAUUGUUUGUAGUUCCUAGUUCACUUCAAGAAGCUGUUUGCGGUUUGAGCGCUCAAACCGUUUGGCGGCACAAGCUGGACUUUGUUGCCAUGAAUGAAAUUAAAUGUUUCAGAUAAAAGAAGAAAAAAGAAAGUCAAGAGAAAAAAAAACUUUAAGUUAAUCUGCAUUAUAUUUCCCUUGAAUGUGUUGUUUUCUCUUCAUUAUACAAUAAAUAUUCUAGUGAACUUUUUAUUGAAUGACUAAGAUAUUAUGCUAGAGAUUGUUGUACAAAUUUGUAUUCUGCAUUCACAUAAGUAAAGAUAUUGGCUUUUACUGUGUAACAUAGGUUCUCUUGCUUAUUCUGUACAAACUGAAGUGAACAGCUCUCUGAAACGGAGCAGACUUUGUCCACCUGUGAAGUUCCGAAUAUUAGAAACUGUCCGCUUUAUUAAAAACCUCAAUGUACCCUCAAAUGUUAA